AUGAUGAUGUCCCUGAGCAGCAAGCAGCCCUUCGGCCUCCCCCACGGCGGCGGUGGCAGCGGCAGCCUUCACGAAACCAAGUACUCGGCCCUGCACAGCGCCUCGCCCUGCCCCUCCGCCGCAGCUGCCGCCCCAGCCGCCAGCUCCCCCAGCAGCAACGGCACCAGCGGCUCCGCCGGACGCGGCUCCGGACCCGGCAGCAGCAGCUCCGGCUCCGGCUCGGGCUCCGGCUCCGGCCCCGGCGGCAGCAGCGGCGGCGCGGAGGCGAUGCGGAGGGCCUGCCUGCCCGCCCCUCCGAGCAAUAUAUUCGGCGGUCUGGACGAGAGCCUGCUGGCCCGCGCCGAAGCCCUGGCAGCGGUGGACAUCGUCUCCCCGAGCAAGAGCCACCACCACCACCCGCCGCACCACAGCCCCUUCAAGCCGGACGCCACCUACCACACCAUGAACACCAUCCCCUGCACCUCGGCCGCCUCCUCCUCCUCGGUGCCCAUCUCUCACCCGUCCGCCCUGUCGGGCACCCACCACCACCACCACCAUCACCACCAUCACCACCACCAGCCCCACCAGGCGCUGGAGGGGGAACUCUUGGAGCACCUGACGCCGGGGCUGGCGCUGGGGGCCAUGGCGGGCCCCGACGGCGCCGUGGUCUCCACGCCGGGCCAUGCUCCUCACAUGGCCGGCAUGAACCCCAUGCACCCGGCGGCGCUGGGCAUGGCCCACGGCCACGGGCUGCCGGCCCACAUGGGCUGCAUGAGCGACGUGGACGCCGACCCCCGCGACUUGGAGGCCUUUGCUGAGCGAUUCAAGCAGCGCCGCAUCAAGCUGGGGGUGACCCAGGCCGACGUGGGCUCGGCGCUGGCCAACCUGAAGAUCCCGGGGGUGGGCUCCCUCAGCCAGAGCACCAUCUGCCGCUUCGAGUCCCUCACCCUCUCCCACAACAACAUGAUCGCCCUCAAGCCCAUCCUGCAGGCCUGGCUGGAGGAGGCCGAGAAGUCCCACCGCGAGAAGCUGGCUAAGCCGGAACUCUUCAGCGGCGCAGAGAAGAAGCGCAAGCGGACCUCCAUCGCCGCCCCGGAGAAGCGCUCGCUGGAGGCCUACUUCGCCCUCCAGCCCCGGCCCUCCUCCGAGAAGAUCGCCGCCAUCGCCGAAAAGCUGGACCUCAAGAAAAACGUGGUCCGCGUCUGGUUCUGCAACCAGCGCCAGAAGCAGAAGCGCAUGAAGUACUCGGCUGGCAUCUGA